CUGGCAGAAAAAACCCCAAAAAAACCCAGGGCCAAUUCAGGCCAAAACGGUGACUUGGAAGGACUGUGGUGAUCUGGAAAAAACUAUGAUCCGACGAGAGAGCAAGAGGAAAUCUCGGGUGGAAUCCGCCAACAUGGUGGAUGCCGGCACCAUCCCGGGCGCAGGCAAGAUCCACCGGCGGAAGAGCCGGCGCCGCAUGACCUGCCCUAAUCCCCGGGAAAUCAACCAGGCUUUGGCCUCCAUCUCGCUGGGAGAAUUGAACCGGUCCUGCACCCUGGAUGAGUUGAUCGAGAAAUGCCUUCGCUCCUUUGAUUUGGAGGGGAACCUGUGCACCAGCGACUUCAUGGUAAAUAUGACGCUAACAGUCCACAGUUGGGUGGUACCGUCCGCAGAGCUGGCUCGCAACCUCCUGACUUUGUAUCAAGAAGCAUCCAGACAGAACCAGCAGGAACGCCAGCUGAGAAUCUGCCAUUUUAUCCGGUAUUGGCUCGUGAACUAUCCCGAGGCCUUUCACCUGGACCCCCACUUGGAGGAGGCCAUUGCCGAGAUCUUGGAGGUGGUGAGGAAAGAAGGCUGUGAGGACCAUUGCCGCCUGCUUGACACAUCCAGCACGGUGACCCGUAUAUGGACCCGUUCUCUCAGCUGCCACGGCAGCCCCGGCUGUGGCAAGAAGCGGAAGGUCUCCCUGCUUUUUGAUCACCUGGACGCAGCUGAGUUGGCCAACCACCUCAGUUACCUGGAGUUCAAGGCGUUCUGCCGCCUAACGUAUCUGGACCUCCAGAACUAUGUGCUGCGUGGGUCAGUGCGUGGCAGCCCAGCGCUGGAGCGUGCCAUUGCCCUGUGCAACAGCAUCUCCCAGUGGGUGCAGGUCAUGAUUCUCAACCGGCCCACGCCCCAGCAGCGAGCGGAAGUCUUCACCAAGUUCAUCCACGUCACACAGAAAUUAAAACAAUUGCAGAACUUCAACACGCUCAUGGCCAUUGUGGGGGGUCUUUGCCACAGUGCCAUCGCUCGCCUCAAGGAUACACAUGCUCUCCUUCUCUCCGAGGUCACCAAGAUAUUGUCCGAAAUGACGGAGUUGCUCUCGUCGUGUGGAAAUUAUGGGACGUACCGACGGGCGUAUGCCGAUUGCGAUGGCUUCAAGAUCCCCAUCGUUGGUGUCCACCUCAAGGACCUGGUGACGCGGCACGAGGCCCUGCCCGACCGCGUGGAUGGCGGGCGACUCAACCUGAGCAAGCUGCAGAGUUUGUACGAGCCCACGUGGGAGCUCCGGGCGCUGCAGCAGGCGAAGCCCCCGUUCCAAGCCAACAAGGACUUGGUGCACCUGCUCACUCUCUCUCUUGACCUCUACUACACAGACGAGGAGAUCUACACACUCUCCUAUGCCCGUGAGCCCCGCUGCCCCAAGUCACUGCCGCCCACCCAGUUCAAGUCCCCUGUGGUUGUGGAGUGGGCGCCUGGGGUUUCUCCCAAGCCUGACCAGAUCACUAUCAGGAGGCACGUCCAGCAAAUGAUUGAGUCCGUCUUCAAGAAUUAUGACACUGAACAACAAGGUUACAUCUCCCAGGAGGAUUUCGAGACCAUUUCCACGAGUUUUCCUUUCUCCUUCUACGGGCUGGAAAGAGAUCGCGAGGGAGCCUGGAGCCGGGAAGAACUGUCGGACUACUUCAUGCGGGCCUGCGCCGUCUUCUCCAAACUGAGCCUUGGCUUCUUGCACAACUUCCAGGAGGCCACCUUUAAGAAGCCCACGUUCUGUGACAGCUGCAACGGCUUUCUCUGGGGAGUUUCCAAGCAGGGAUACAGAUGUCGGGAUUGUGGCAUGACCUGUCACAAGCAGUGCAAGGACCACGUGGAGGUGGAGUGCCAGCGGCGCUUCCACUCCAGCGCCUCCGACAGCACCACGCCCCGAAUCGCCACGCCAGCUGCCACCCAUCACCCGAGUUCUGGUUCAGAGGAAGAAGCUUUUCUCUUCCCACCCGGACGGGAGCAGACGAAGAGCCCCCUCCUCAGAGUGGCAAGCCCCACCACGGGCAGCUGGUGGGUGAAACACGUCUCGACCCAAACGGAGGCGGUCAGCCUGACGGCCGGUGGGCAACAUGCGCCCCUGGCAGGGGUGGGUGGCCGCAGCAAGAGCCGGAAGCAGCUACUGGAACAGCUGAAGGAGAUUGAAAAGGACCGGGACAGGCUGGUGCUGGCCAAUCAGUCUCUCCAGAGCCGCAACUCACAGCUGGAGGCGGAGAACAGCCGGCUGCUGAAGAUGGAAGCCGCGAGCCUCCCAUCGCUCACCUGCUGGAAGGCGUGGACGGCCUGCAGCUCCCCCAUGCCCCCAAAGCCCAACUGAACCAAGGGGACAGGAGCUGCAGGAAAGAAGGGGACAUGGGUUGGGGCACAGAAGUUGGAAGGGUUUCAUGGUAGCUGAAUAAAAAGAACUAUUUAUUGAA